CAGGCUGGGUGGGUGCAGCUGAAGCCGCUACCCCAUCGUUCUGUUGAAGACGUUGCUGUCCAUGGUGCUGAAUGUGUUACAGUUGCUGUUUAUAUUGUAGCGGGUUUUGCUUUGUUUGCCUUGUUGUAAACCCUGUUCAUAUUGCCACUGUACGGUAAGGCGUUUUCACAAACAUAUUUAUAUUACGGUUGUCACACACACACAACCUGAAGCUAUGGGAUCAAGGUAAACACGUGAUUGAUGCAGACGUGCGCCAAUCAUAUCGUAGGAGACAGGAGGCAUGAUUCGUCUGUUGGCACAUUUGGCUGGCUGGGAAUAUAGAAGAGAGAGGGUGGUUUACAGCGCAUGCACACGGCAAAGGGGAGAAUUAUUAACGACGGAAAGUGGAAGUGGGAAAGGAGGAACAUAUUGGUCAUUUCCUAAAUGGGAAUUGUGAUUCUUGAUUUAGUCCUGCAGGUAGCUAGGUACCACUACAGAUAUGAAUGAACGCUGCAACAACCAGAGUGAGUCUGUUUUCAGCAGCAGCAGCGACGUUUCACCGGGAUUAGCCCACUAGGCUGCUUAGCUCUCACGGUGGCCGGGGUGGCUUUGUACCCACGGUGCUGCGACCAUCCCUCGUGUCCCGGUGCGUGCAGGUGUUGGCUACGAGCUCCGCAGACUGCACCCUGUAAUCCAGGACCAGGUUGCCCCUAUGGAUCGCUUCAAUGGAUGCCUCCAAACCCGCUUUUGACAACAACCCGAGUCCCAGCGGAAGGUACGUCUCUUCUCCUCCAGAUGGGGUGGAAACUGAAGCGUUUUGCUGGCCGGAGAAUGACACUGUCGCCGGGACUGUCGGCGUUGAUGCUCCGGCUAGCGGCCCAGGAGGACCGGACCUCUCAGGCUACUGGACCGCUGUGUUCGACUAUGAUGCUGGGGCGGAAGACGAGCUCAGCCUGCGGAAGGGCGACCUGGUGGAGGUGCUAUCGAAGGAUUCGCUAGUGUCCGGGGACGAGGGCUGGUGGACGGGGCUGAUCGAGGAUCGGGUUGGCAUUUUCCCCAGUAAUUAUGUCAGUAUUGGGAAUGGAAUCUCUGAGAAAAUACGGGACAGAGACACGUCAGUGAAGAAGUACUCUGAAUACGCCGUGCCUUCACUACACCUUCUGGAGGUUGACUUCUCGGAGCUGACCCUGGAGGAGAUCAUCGGGGUGGGUGGUUUUGGGAAGGUGUACCGUGCCAUGUGGCGGGGGGCGGAGGUGGCGGUGAAGGCUGCGAGGCGGGACCCCGAUGAGGAGGAGGGACAGAUCCUAGAGAGCGUUCGUCAGGAAGCCAAGCUGUUUGCAAUGCUGCACCACCCCAACAUCAUGGCCCUACUUGGGGUGUGUCUCCAGGAGCCGACGUUGUGCCUGGUGAUGGAAUUUGCCCGGGGAGGACCGCUGAACCGAGCCCUGUCAGGGAAACGUAUCCCACCAUGCACCCUGGUAGACUGGGCCGUGCAGAUCGCCCGUGCCAUGCACUACCUCCACUGUGAGGCCAUCGUCCCCGUCAUUCACAGAGACCUCAAGUCUAGCAACAUCCUGAUCCUGGAAAAGGUGGAGAUGGAGGAUCUGACCAACAAGACGUUGAAGAUCACCGACUUCGGCCUGGCGAGGGAGUGGCACCGUACCACCAAGAUGUCCGCCGCCGGUACCUACGCCUGGAUGGCACCUGAGGUCAUCCGUUCCUCCACCUUCUCUAAAGGCAGCGACGUCUGGAGCUACGGGGUUCUCCUGUGGGAGCUGCUGACGGGUGAAGUGCCAUUCAGGGGCAUUGAUUGUCUCGCUGUGGCGUAUGGAGUGGCCAUGAAUAAGCUGUCGUUACCCAUCCCUUCCACCUGCCCAGAGCCCUUCGCUCGUCUUAUGGAAGACUGCUGGAGUCCAGACCCCCACCUGCGACCUCUCUUCACCAGUAUCCUGGAUCAGCUGACAACUAUAGAGGAAUCGGGUUUCUUCGAGAUGCCAGUCGAGUCCUUCCACUCCCUGCAGGACGACUGGAAGAUGGAGAUUCAGGAGAUGUUCGACCAGCUUAGGGUCAAAGAGAAGGAGCUGAGGUCGUGGGAGGAGGAGCUGAGUCGUGCGGCGCUGCAGCAGAAGAGCCAGGAGGAGGAGCUGAGGAGGAGGGAGCAGGAGCUGGCUGAGAGGGAGAUCCAUAUCCUGGAGAGGGAGCUGAACGUUAUCAUCCACCAGCUGUACCAGGAGAAACCCCGCGUGGAGAGCAGGCAGGGCAAGUUCAGACGCUCACGUCUCAAACUGAAGGACGGGAACAGGAUCAGUCUGCCUUCAGAUUUCCAACACAAGAUCACCGUGCAGGCCUCUCCCUCUCACGACCGAUGCCGGAGUUUACUGGGCAGUCUCUCCAGCCCUCCCACCAGUCCCCAGGCCCCGUUACUACCACGCCUCAGAGCCAUACAACUGACUCCAGGAGGAGAGGGGUGUAAAGGUUGGGGCCGGUUGGAUGAGGAGGAAGAGAAGAGAGGAUCCAGGAAGAAAGGUCGUCUCAAGGGCUCACACAGAGAACACAGUGAUGAUGAGAGCAUCAAGGUCCCUCAGGAGGGGAACAGACAGAGGUCCUGCAGCGCCCCAAAUCUCCGCAGGUCACCGAGACACAGCCCUGCCAUACCAGGGGUACCCAGCCUCACUGAGAUGGAGAAUGAAGACUGCUGCUACACCACUGACCCAGCUGGAGGGGCCAACGCAUCCCCCAGCCAAUCCUACCUCUGCAUCCCCUUCCACAGGGAGGGGCCUGUUGCCGACGGUAACGCAGGAGGAGGCGGGGAGUACUGCCCUAGUUACCAUAGCACCCCGGCCCCGGACACACCCCCCAGUAGGAAGAGUCAAGCCGGGCGGGGGAGGUCAGAGCUGGUGCUACUGGGGUGUGGGGCCUUGCUGGCUGCAGUAGGACUGGGCUUCAAUAUGAUGACUCUGGCCCAGCCUGGGACUGGUUCUGGUUCUGGGACUGAGGGGGCUGCGGAGAGCAGCAAGCCACCUCGCUGGGAGGGCUUCUUCCACCGUACAGGGACAGGGGGCCAGAGACGGAGCACCAGUCCCCCCACACGCAAGCUCUUCAGGCGGGGAGGGGACAAGGAGAGCCCCCUGAAGCACUCGGUUGCCCCGGUGACGGAGCGGGUUGGAGGCGGACUGUUCCCGUCAUCUCUCACACUGCUGUCACUGUCGUCUGUGUCGGACUGUAAUUCUACGCGGUCUCUGUUACGAUCUGAUAGUGAGGAACUGUUGGUCUACCGCACUGCCUCUCCCCAGGCCCCGGUUCAGCCUUCUGUCCAGCCCCACACCUCUGUUCACCCCCAGCCCCAGCAUGCCUCACUCAACCCCUUGGUCAACACACAACUGGAGAGCUUCAAGCGUCACCCUCGGCAGUCCCUGACCCCGACCCAUCUCCCCUCCGCUCCAUCCUCCUCACGCUGUCUACACCGGACCCCCUCCGACGGUGCCAUCAAGACACGCUGCCCUCCAAACUAUAUCCACCCUUUUCCUUUACCUGUCAGAGCAACUCCGGAGACCACAGAUGGAGGUCUCAGGGGUCUAAGUGACCACGUAUCCCAGGUUCCCCGGUUGCCAGAUCCAAAUCUGGUGUUUCCCCCUACACCCCGCCGCCGCUGCCCUCCUGAACGACCCAAAACCCUGGACUUCCUGGUUAGACCACGCCCCUCGCCACGGGUACGCUGCGACGUCUUCUUGGGCCAGUCACCUGGGCGGGGCAGAGGAGCGGGGCAGGGGAAUGGAGAGUCCCCAGCCCACACCACCAGCACAGACACCCCUCCCACGGUGGAGUUUGGCAGGGACAUGACCGUGCUUCCUACCCCCUUGGAGCCCCCGACACCAUCCCCAAGGAGGGGACACAGUCUGGAGGCGCCGACGCCCUCACCAAGGAGGGGACACCCACUGCUAACCCAUCACAUGGAGCCCAGAGACAUGGAGGUACUAGCCACCCCCAUGGAGCCCCCUACACCCUGCUCAACCUCCCCGCGGCGAAGGGGGGACAGUCUGCUGGACCAACAGGACGAGGAACAGUGUCUGGACCCAACUCUCCCACUCUGCAAACCAGAGUCCCAGUUCCCCAAAUGUUCCCCGUACCGCUACCGGCCUGGGUUCUUUUCCUAACCUGGUCCAGUGUGUGUUCCGAUCCUCCUCUGGUCCAACCUGGGUUCUGAUCCUAACUCGGUCCAUCUUGCGCUACCAGCCUGGGUUUUGGUCGUACACUGAUCCAAUCUGUGUUCUGGUCCUAACCUGGUCCAGUCUGUGUUCUGGCCCAAACCUGGUCCAGUCUGUGUUCUGGCCAUAACUUGGUCCAGCAUGGGUUCUGGUCCUAGCCCAGUCCCCGUACUGCUACCAGCCUGGUUUCUGGUCCUAACUUUGGAUCCUCUCUUAAAACACCAACAGAAACCUCUCCUAGAGUCCUAGAAAUAGACCCAGCCCAUACUGUUGGAGAGGAGGGGAGGAGGACUGGGCCAGCCCACACUGUUGGAGAGGAGGGGAGGAGGACUGGGCCAGCCCACACUGUUGGAGAGGAGGGGAGGAGGACUGGGCCAGCCCAUACUGUUGGAGAGGAGGACUGGGCCAGCCCACACUGUUGGAGAGGAGGGGAGGAGGACUGGGCCAGCCCACACUGUUGGGGAGGAGGACUGGGCCAGCCCACACUGUUGGAGAGGAGGGGAGGAGGACUGGGCCAGCCCACACUGUUGGAGAGGAGGGGAGGAGGACUGGGCCAGCCCAUACUGUUGGAGAGGAGGGGAGGAGGACUGGGCCAGCCCACACUGUUGGAGAGGAGGACUGGGCCAGCCCAUACUGUUGGAGAGGAGGGGAGGAGGACUGGGCCAGCCCACACUGUUGGAGAGGAGGGGAGGAGGACUGGGCCAGCCCAUACUGUUGGAGAGGAGGACUGGGCCAGCCCACACUGUUGGAGAGGAGGGGAGGAGGACUGGGCCAGCCCACACUGUUGGAGAGGAGGGGAGGAGGACUUGGCCCACUAUUAGGCUCUUAGGCUACGAAUUGUUCAUGUGACAGAAUAAUAUUUUUUGUCUAGUCUGAGGAGUUGUUCUCUCACUGCAGACAGGUGCCCUAUCCGGAGCAAUAUAUUUAGAAAGCUGGGACAUUGAGGUUUCUGCAUCAUGAUGCAUUUUACAUGACACUGCAACAUUCUAUAACACCCAUGUUAUCUCCUCCAUUAACAUGACAAUACAACAUUCUAUAACAGCCAUGUUAUCUCCCCCAUUAACAUGACACUACAACAUUCUAUAACAGCCAUGUUAUCUCCCCCAUUAACAUGACACUACAACAUUCUAUAACACCCAUGUUAUCUCCUCCAUUAACAUGACACUACAACAUUCUAUAACAGCCAUGUUAUCUCCCACAUUAACAUGACACUACAACAUUCUAUAACACCCAUGUUAUCUCCCCCAUUAACAUGACACUACAACAUUCUAUAAAAGGCAUGUUAUCUCCCCCAUUAACAUUACACUACAACAUUCUAUAACACCCAUGUUAUCUCCCCCAUUAACAUGACACUACAACAUUCUAUAACAGCCAUGUUAUCUCCCCCAUUAACAUGACACUACACAUUCUAUAACAACCAUGUUAUCUCCCUCAUUAACAUGACACUACACAUUCUAUAACAGCCAUGUUAUCUCCCACAUUAACAUGACCCUACAACAUUAUAUUACAGCCAUGUUAUCUCCCCCAUUAACAUGACACUACAACAUUGUAUAAAAGGCAUGUUAUCUCCCCCAUUAACAUUACACUACAACAUUCUAUAACAGCCAUGUUAUCUCCCACAUUACCAUGACACUACACCAUUCUAUAACAGCCAUGUUAUCUCCCACAUUAACAUGACACUACAACAUUCUAUAACAGUCAUGUUAUCUCCACCAUUAACAUGACGCUACAACAUUCUAUAACAGCCAUGUUAGAACCCCAUUAACAUGACACUACAACAUUCUAUAACAGCCAUGUUAUCUCCCCCAUUAACAUGACACUACAACAUUCUAUAACAGCCAUGUUAUCUCCCCCAUUAACAUGACACUACAACAUUCUAUAACAGUCAUGUUAUCUCCCCCAUUAACAUGACACUACAACAUUCUAUAACAGCCAUGUUAUCUCCCCCAUUAACAUGACACUACAACAUUCUAUAACAGCCAUGUUAGAACCCCAUUAACAUGACACUACAACAUUCUAUAACAGCCAUGUUAGAACCCCAUUAACAUGACACUACAACAUUCUAUAACAGCCAUGUUAUCUCCCCCAUUAACAUGACACUACAACAUUCUAUAACAGCCAUGUUAGAACCCCAUUAACAUGACACUACAACAUUCUAUAACAGCCAUGUUAGAACCCCAUUAACAUGACACUACAACAUUCUAUAACAGCCAUGUUAGAACCCCAUUAACAUGACACUACAACAUUCUAUAACAGCCAUGUUAUCUCCUCCAUUAACAUGACACUACAACAUUCUAUAACAGCCAUGUUAUCUCCCUCAUUAACAUGACACUACAACAUUCUAUAACAGCCAUGUUAUCUCCCCCAUUAACAUGACACUACAACAUUCUAUAACAGCCAUGUUAUCUCCCCCAUUAACAUGACACUACAACAUUCUAUAACAGCCAUGUUAUCUCCCCCAUUAACAUUACACUACAACAUUCUAUAACAGCCAUGUUAUCUCCCCCAUUAACAUGACACUACAACAUUCUAUAACAGCCAUGUUAUCUCCCCCAUUAACAUGACAUGGAGAAUAUUUAAACAAUGAUAUGUCACUGAAUGUCUAGAAUUUAGAACAAUAUUCAACCUUCUAAAAGUUGGAUCUACUCUUUAAAUAUAUGGCUCUGGUCCUGUUUGUCUAUUAUUAAAGUGGAACUGGCAGCCAAUUUUAAUUACUUUGCAGAUAUGAAACAAACAGACAAUCGUAAUAUCAGUCAAAAAAUAUCAACUUCCCAGUUUAUGCUACAAAACCAACAUUAUAAGAGAUUUUUUUUUUUUUAAGAGGUACUAUAUUUGACUCAAUAUUCCAUGACGUACACUAAGGCAUUGUGGGUAGAAUAGAUGGAUGCAGUUCCAUACAUGAUUAAUAUACACUGCUCAAAAAAAUAAAGGGAACACUUAAACAACACAAUGUAACUCCAAGUCAAUCACACUUCUGUGAAAUCAAACUGUCCACUUAGGAAGCAACACUGAUUGACAGUGAAAUUUUA